AGGCACAAAUUUGGGCGAGGCGGCUACAGCGAGUUCCGGGCCGGGCGGGUGUUGGAAAGAAGCAUCAGAAUCAUGGAGAGUGGUGGGGGUGCCUACGGAGCCAGUAAGGCUGGCGGCACCUUUGACUUGUGGCGCUUUCUGCAGCAGCCACAGGUGGUGGUGCGCAUUCUGAGCGCGGUGUUUGCACUCAUAGUUUUCUCCUGCAUCAUUGGGGAAGGCUACACCAACAAUACUAGUUCGCCACAGCUCUAUUGCGUCUUUAACCACAGCGAGGAUGCCUGUCGUUAUGGCAUUGGAAUUGGUGUGCUUGCCUUCCUGGCCUGUGUAUUCUUCUUCAUGGUUGAUGCCUACUUCCCACAGAUUAGCAGUGCCACUGAUCGCAAGUACCUCGUUAUGGCUGACUUGGGCUUCUCAGCUCUCUGGACCUUUUUGUGGUUCAUUGGGUUCUGUGUGCUGACAAACCAGUGGGCAUCAACAAAAGCUGAUGAUGUAACAGUUGGGGCUGAUUCUGCUCGUGCUUCAAUUGCCUUCAGUUUCUUCUCCAUUUUCUCGUGGGGGCUCCUGAUCACUUUUGCACUUCAACGCUACCGCAUGGGUGUGCAGGAUUUUGCUCAGAGUUACAUUGACCCUGCUCCAGAUCCCGCAACCCCCUACUCAAGCUAUCCAAACGUCAGCCAUGAAAGCUACCAGCAGCCACCCUUCACUCACACGAGAGAGGACUCAGAGGGCUACCAGCCUCCACCUGUGUACUGAUUUGCUACCAAUGUUAAAGCAGCUAGCAGGGAUAGCCAUAUAAAUGCAAUUGAUUCACUGCUUGGUUGGGGAAUCCACUGUUAAAGUGGCAAGGGUGCCACAAUUUUGUGUGUGAUGGGUUCUGGGAUAUUCCUACUCUCCUCUGCCCUUUCUGAAGGUGGCUUCUUUUAAAGAACAGGCUUUAUGUUCCUUUCAGCUAUGGGCAGUAUUCUUUAAGCCUGUGUGUGAAUUAUAAGUCAUAACAAUUGCUGAAUCAAUGCAGUGGAAUCAAGAGCUGGCAUCAGACCUCUUUGUUGUAGCUAAGAGAUGGGUGCCCUUGAUGUUCCUAGUUAAAUGAUACUCUUUUCCCAGAAGUGCCAUUAUGCCACUGCCUAGAUAGCCUGUUUUUUACCGUAUGCACAGCUCCUAUGUAGGGGUCCAAUCCCUAUGGCUCUAUGGUGCUGCUGUUCUAGACUGGACUGGAUGUUCCUAGUUCUGCUUUUCAGUACCAUUGGGUGGAUGAUGCCAAAGCCUAGGUCUACAGGCCUUUUUUGGU